AUUUAUGGUCACUUUUACUAUACAAUUCGUUUGUGACAUUUGCUACUGAAAUGAUACUGAAUUGCGGUAACAGUUGUUUGGAUCAACUUAUGGUGAUAUUGUAAUGUUGUCUAUCAUUAGUGUCAUAACAGCGAUGACGUGAGCGACACACAGACGAGUUGUUUGUUGUUGUUUUUGUUGACAAAAUGAGUGACCAAAUGAACGGCCAAUCAUUCCUCAUCGGUCUGUGUUUGGCAUUAAGUUCGUGUGUCUUCAUUGGCAUUAGUUUUAUCAUCAAAAAGAUUGGUCUCAUUCGCCUAUCAUCUCGUGGACUACGGGCCGCAAGCGGUGGUUUCGGGUAUCUUCGAGAUUGGGUUUGGUGGACGGGUUUGCUGUUUAUGGGAACGGGAGAGUUAGCCAAUUUCGCUGCCUAUGCCUUUGCACCGGCAUCUCUGGUCACACCAUUGGGCGCACUCAGUGUUCUCAUAUCAACUCUAUUAGCCAAUCGUUUCCUGAAUGAAAAACUUAAUCUCUUAAGCAAAUUGGGAUGUAUUCUGUGUUUAUUAGGUUCAACGAUAAUUGUGAUUCACGCCCCAAAAGAGCAACCAAUUGACAGUUUGGAUCAAAUAGGAGUAAUGCUUAUUGAACCCGUAUUUGUCUGCUAUAUGUUAUUUGUUAUGUUUACCUCAUUUUUGUUGAUAUCAUUUUAUGCACCAAAAUAUGGAUCAACUAAUGUCUUAAUUUAUAUACUCAUUUGUUCGCUUAUUGGUUCGCUAUCGGUUGUAUCGGUUAAAGGUCUAGGAGUGGCCAUUAGGCAGACAUUGACGACUCAAAACAAUCAAUUACUAAAUCCCUUGUUUUGGGCAUUUCUCGGCUCAGUUGUAAUAACAGUUUGCAUUCAAAUGAAUUAUCUGAACAAAUCUCUCGAUAUCUUCGACACGAGUGUCGUAACUCCCAUAUACUAUGUAUUCUUUACCACAUUUGUGAUAAUAGCGUCGGCAUUACUGUUCAAAGAGUGGCACUCAAUGACUACUGAAGACACUAUCGGUAGUAUAUCUGGAUUUCUAGUCGUCAUAAUUGCCAUAUUCUUAUUGAAUGCAUUCAAAGAGUUCAAUAUAUCAUUGAAUACUUUGCGAUCUAAUUGGAUGUCAAAGAAUAUCCAGAAUGUCAACACUGAUCAAACAUAUGGCAGUACAGCAGUCAAGAUGUUGGCACCAGAUAUGAGUAGUAGUGAGUCGGCACUCAUCACAUGGACGGCAACCGAUGAUGAAGAGUAUAGUUAAAUCUCAUUAAUUAAUAUACAAUAUACUA